GUGAGAUUUAUGCUAAUUAUAAAUUUGACACAUUUAUGUUGAUGUUAACGAAACAAUAUAUAUUUUAAUCAAAAUGUAUAAUUUAUUCUGCGAAAAUAUUUUUUCUUCUAAUACAAGAUGUAUAAUAAUGAUUAUUGAAUAAAAUUGAUAGUUUUGUUUUAUCGGCACAGUGAAUUUUUACAGUGAACGUAGUAUAUAUUUAUGAACAUAGAUGACGCUAUUUGAGUAUUAUAUAAUGGCGGUUAUUGCUUACGCGUGCAAUGUAAAUAGAGAUAAAAAUAGAGAAUGUAUUUAUAUAUUUAUAUAAAUGUUUUUUAAAAGCGCAGCCUUAUCUUUAAUCAAACCAUCAUAAAAUGUCUCAAGACAAGAUAGUUGGCGUUGAUAUUCUCUUGGAAUUUUUGGAAGUAGCAUUCAAUCACAUAUUAUUUUUUCGCAAAAUUUAUCCUAAGGAAAUUUUUGUUAUGAAAAAAAUCUAUGGAAUCACGGUGUACAUGUCAGAACAUCCAGAAUUGAAUAAAUAUUUAUCAAAUGUUCUGAAUGCAAUCAAAGAGCUGAUAAAAGAAGAUGAAAACAAUAUUAGAGCCAUUAAUCUUACCUUUUAUAACAAAACCAAUUCGCCGAUAGAGAAAUUUGUCUUUAAUAUGGUUAAAUUACAGGCAGAGUUUGUAGAGAGAGAUCCAUAUUAUUUAAAAACAGAGGAAGUACUGAAGACAGCUUGCUUGAAGUUAUCAAUGUGUGACACAUACUUAAAACCCAUCCCAGAUAAUUCAACUUUUUCUAUCGAAAUUCAAACAAAUGAAACUGCACAUAUUGUUCUGAGCGAAAAUCCAAAAUGUGAAAAUUUUCCAUGGAUUGUUAAAGAUGAUGCAGAAGAAAUGACCGAUAAAAGUUUAUUACCAUUGAAAAAUAUUAAAACGGACUGUUUAAACUUGCAACUAUAUGUGAUUGAAGAUACAGCAAUCAAGAUUUAAGGUUUAAUUGAUAAUUUAUAUGACUGAUACUUUCUUCUUUGUAUAUCUGUAUUUUGUAUAAAAUAGAAAAAUACAUCUAUAGUUUUUAAACUUGUCCCAUCAA